ACAGCACUGAAUGCAGUGUGCACUGCCCAAGCUGACCCAUAGGGGCGGUAGAGCCUCACUACACUGUGUUUAUCAUUGAAGAAGAAGACAGUGGUAUGGCGGAGAAUCCGUUCCUCGAAAUGUUCUGUGUGCACUACUAAGAUCAUUGGCAGAAAAAUGUUUUAAGCGUCAGUCGUUUCGCUUAUUCCACGUUUGAUUGUGAAUGCACAUUUAUGUAACAUUCAGCCUAAUAUGUUGUUGAGGUUCAAUAAGAAAACGCCGCGACUCUGAGCCUAUUCUAGCCUCUUUACUGUGGAAGGUUUUUCUGCACGGAUCAUCGAAAGGGCAGCAUGGACGACCUUGCACACAUACUGACAGACCCACUUGGUACAAGGGAAGAAAGUAACGGGCAAAUCACAGAGGAGUGUAUGCUUGGAAACUGUCGGGUGAGCCUACCCGAGGAUCUGCUUGAGGACCCUGACGUAUUCUUCUCCGUGAUGAGUGAGAGCACAUGGACUGACGUGCUGUCAGACUCCCAGAGGCACCACCUGCGUCAGUUUCUGCCGCAGUUCCCAGGGAAUAACGUCGCUGUGCAGGACAGUGCCGUCAGUAAUCUUUUCAACAACCAAAGCUUUAAUUUUGGAAAUCCCCUUCAUCUCGCUCAGAGAUUAUUCAGAGAUGGCUACUUUAAUCCUGAGGUGGUGAAGUACAGGCAGCUGUGUGCUAAGUCUCAGAGAAAGAGGCGUCUGUACUCUCUACAGCAGUACUACCACAGACUACUGAAGCAGAUCCUUGUUUCCAGGAAGGAUCUCCUGGAGCUAGCCGUGCACAGCGGGCUGGACGUGCCACAGAAGCGGCCCCUGAACCCCAGGGGCCAGCUGGAGCCGCAGGAGCCCAGGAUCCGAAGGAGAGUGGGCCGCAUCCUGAGGGAGGUGAAGGCCGAGUGCGGGGACAGCAACGCCUCCUCUGACGACGACGGAGAGUCAUGGCCUCCAGCGCCUCAGUCGCCCUCGUCUCCCACCACCAGCCUCCCCCUCCGCGUCCUGCCCAGCCUCUCCACCCAGGACAUGAAGACCGCCGAAAAACCCGAGCUAGGCGUGCAGGAUUUGAAGAGCAUGCUCCAGAACCACAGAGAGAAGAGGAAGAGGCAUCCGGACCACCCUGACCUCGUCACCUCUGACAUCCACUUGGGGAACAUGCUCUCCAGGGUCAACAUAGGUCGGAAGGGCUCCUCUGUGGCUCUGUUUGACCUCGCUUUGCCCAAGAAGAAGAUCAAAGAGGAGAGGAGGAAGAAGAGGUUGAGGACGACAGUGAAGCUGGAGGCUGAGGACCCGUGUGAGGCCCUCAUGACUUCCGAUGCCGCGGCUCUAUCGGCCAAUCACGUCCCCUCUCUCCCUGACACGCCCACCCCACCGCCACUGGCCAACGUCAAGGAGGAGGUCAUUGAGGAGUGCCAGAGCAGCCCAGCGGUGGUGGAGGAGAUCUCCAUCAGCUUCUUCAACCUGCUGGAGUCUAUCAUGAAGACAGAGAGUCUCUCCAGUACCUCUCUGCUCGAGGAGAAGGUUCAAACAUGGCAGUUGUCUCCCGCCACCUCCCUCAACCCCUGGUUUUCCUUUGCUUCCUGUUGGUCGGAGUUAGUACUUCCUGCCCUGCAGUUCCUCGCUGGAGAAGCCAAAGAUGGCAUGAUGACGCUGCCCACCGGCUUCUCUCCCUACGUGGAGUUCGGGGAUCAGUCCCAGCAGUGGAGGUGGAUCGGGCCCAGUCUAGACGCAGAGAAGGACCUCAGUGCGUUGUGUCAGCUGUGGAUCGAUUCCAAGGACCUGGUGGUCAAGAUGGAGCAUGAAGACCUAUCGGAGAUAACCUCCCCCGUGCCUAGGGUCAGCUGGACGGACUACGUGGUGCGCCCCAGCACGGGAGAUGAGAGACACGUCUUCCAGAUCCAGGAACAACAGCGCUACGACCAGCCACACAAGGCCUUCACCUUCCGGAUGCAUGGCUUCGAGUCGGUGGUGGGGCCCGUCAAAGGGGUCUUCGACAAGGAGAUGUCCCUGAACAAGGCCCGGGAGCACACCCUGCUACGAUCCGACCGGCCUGCCUACGUCACCAUCCUGUCCCUGGUGCGAGACGCAGCGGCCAGGCUUCCUAACGGAGAGGGGACCCGGGCGGAGAUCUGUGAGCUCCUGAAGGACUCCCAGUUCCUAGCCCCUGAUGUCACCAGCGCCCAGGUGAACACGGUGGUGAGUGGGGCGCUGGACCGGCUGCACUACGAGAAAGACCCGUGUGUGAAGUACGACAUCGGACGCAAGCUGUGGAUCUACCUGCACCGCGACCGCAGCCAGGAGGAGUUUGAGCGUAUUCACCAGGCCCAAGCCGCCGCAGCCAAAGCCAGGAAAGCUCUUCAGCAGAAACCCAAACCCGCCCCUAAACCGAAGUCUGGGAGCAAAGAGCCUGGCGGUAAGAUCCAAGGCUCCCUGGAGGGCGGCCUGGAGUCCAGUCCCAUGUCCCCCAUCCCCGCCACCCCCAGCACCCCCGCCACCCCCAAAUCUCCCCUGCCCUCCACAGUGGGCACCCCCACCAAGACGGGGCUCCCGGACAUGGUGAAGAGCAGCCCAGGGGUGCUGCUGGUGGCCCCUCCCUCCAUGCCCCAACUGGGCUCCCUGCUGCCCAGCAGCCAGGCUGCCUCCGCGGCCGCCCAGCAGCCGCCCUCCUCCUCCUCCCUCUCCGCCUCCCACCAGCACGCCGCCCGGCUGGUCAGCCACCUGGGGGCCGGGGCCCUGCCCCAGGUCCGCAUGGUGUCGGCCCAGCCCGCCGUCGGGGGCCCGCAGGCCGCCCUGCUGCACCAGACCGCCCACCAGAUCAGGGUGCCCGUCUCCCUGGGAACCAAGUGCCUCUCGCAGACGGUGGUGUCCCUGCCGCUACGGAGCCAGGCGGGCGGCAGCCCCGUGCAGGUUCCCACCGCGCUGUCGGUGUCGGCCCUGGCUGUGGCCAAGCCCCGGCCCGGGACCCCCGGGAGCCCGGCCAAGACCCUGGUCACCCCCGCCCUCCUGCAGGGCAUGGCCGGCCAGAGCAUCAAACAGGUGUCCAUCACCGGCCAGCUGGGCGUGAAGACGUCCGUGGGUGGCGGCGGGAUCCCCCUCACGGCCACCAACCUGCGGAUCCAGGGCAAGGACGUGCUGCGGCUGCCGCCCUCCUCCAUCACCACCGACGCCAAGGGCCAGACGGUGCUGCGCAUCACGCCCGACAUGAUGGCCACCCUGGCCAAGUCGCCCGUGGCCACCGUCAAGCUCUCCCCGGACUUCCUGGGCUCGGCCGGCCACGGCGGGGGGAAGAGCAUCUCGGCCACGCUGCACGUGACCCCGCCCCACUCCUCCUCCUCCUCCUCCUCCACCACCCUCUCCAGCCUGGUGACGGAGGCCGGGAAAGCCGGUCUCAAGGCGGGCCACGCCUCCUCCUCGCUGCUGAAGGCGGGCGCGGCCGACACGGCCAUCCGCCUGAUGCCCACGCUGGCCGUCACCGUGGGCGACCAGAAGACCAGGACCUUCUCCACGCACGUGUCGUCGGCGUCCGGGGACUCGAAGGGCGCCGCCACCAUCCGCAUCAUGCCCGGCCUGGGGGUCAUCCCGCACAAGCAGGGCCAGACCAUCACCAUGACGACCAUGGCCGGCAGCAAGCCGCUGACGGUGUCGGCCGGCCCCGGGACGGUGACCAUGGCGGCGGCCGGUGCCCUCGGCGCCAAGGGGAUCACGGUGUCCGCCUCGCCGCUCACCAUCGGCACGGCGACCGGCACCGUGCGCCACGUGCCCGUCACGGCCACGGUGGUGACCACGCAGGCGGGUAAGCUGCCCACCAGGAUCACGGUGCCUCUGUCCGUCCUCAACCAGCCGCUGAAGACCAAGAGUGUGGUGACCUCGCCCAUGGUGAAGGGGAGCCUCAACACCAGCCUCAGCAGCCUUGGGAGGAACAUCAUCCUGACCACCAUGCCGGCAGGCACCAAGCUCAUGGCCGGGAACAAGCCGGUCAGCUUCGUCACCGCCCAGCAGCUGCAGCAGCUGCAGCAGCAGGGUCAGGCCACGCAGGUCCGGAUCCAGACCGUUCAGACCCAGCAGCUCCAGCAGCACGUGGCGACGGGAUCUCCCAAAUCUGUGUCCACCGUGGUGGUCACCACCGCACCCUCGCUGAAAUGUCCGCCGGACCCCUCGGCCGCCCCUCAACCAUGAGCGCCCCCCCCCCCCAUGGAGAUCUUAAUGAACACUUCAACAACCGAGUCCACUGGUUCAUUUGUGUACAUGUUCUGUGGGUUUUUCAAAGACCACUCCUUGGAUAAUUUAUGUUCAACAACAUUUAAUACACUUACUCCGCUUUGGAAGAAAUCUUACAAUAAGGACAAUAGACACUGUUAAUAUAAUUGUUAUCUUUGUUGUUAUGUCUGUACAAUGCUAAUAAAAGGCUUUGCUUUGUGA